AUGUAUGUACAUUCGGUUCCUUCCUAUUGCAGAUUGGUUUUCCAAAUCUACAGCCUCGGUAAGCGUGUGAACAUAAACUGUGCUUUGCGAACGUCCACACCCAGUCUAAGUGAACCGUCGAAGCGAUUUCCAUGUAGACGAGAUUUAUGUCCUACUCGCGGGUUUACAACUGCUUGCAUGAUUUGUGCGCCCUGUAAUAGCAGUAAUGAGCACCGAGAAAGGUCACAGUAUUCCUUCUUGAAACUUGCGACCAGGUUAGUUGCACAUGUAGGGAACUCUACGGGGCUUCCGCGAAGGGGAAGCAUCACGGCC